UACACAAUAUUGCUGCCGACCACUGCAAUCGUUCAUUCGGCUUCUUCGAGAAGAAUCUGUUUACAAAAGCUGAUGCGUUGCAGAUUAUAAAUAAAUAAAAUGGAUGAUCGCAUUAGUGAGUUGUCUGAUGACAUCUUGUCUUAUAUCCUCACAGUGUUAUCUGUGAAAGAUUUGUUGAAAACCAGUAUACUUUCUAGAAGGUGGUGUAAGCUUUGGGCUGUAAGGAGAGAUCUAUUCUUUGACAUCUUCAUGCUUGGAACCACUGAACACGAUCUGCUACAAUCCGGCUAUCUCGUUAAUGCUUCUGAUACGGAGGAUAAACAAGUCAAUUUGGAUAAGUGUGCGGGUGUUUUUGUAGAGAGAGUUGAUCAGUUUAUCAAGAACUUUCAGGGCACAAUUAUCGAUUCUUUCCUCGUCAACUUCUAUUUAGAUUGUGAACAUAGCGACAUUAUUGAUCAAUGGGUAAGUUUUGCCAUUGAAAGGGGAGUUGGAAGAAUGGAUCUACUCUUUCUAGGUACUCCUUAUAAACAUUGCACCACUCGUCGCGAUCCUUAUAAAUUUGACCUUGCCUUGUUUUCCAAGACUAAUCUUUCAACUCUAAACCAUUUGUCUCUUGAAAAUUGUCUUGUUUACAAUCCCAUCAAUUUCGAUUUUAUUCCAUUCAAAAAUCUGAGAUCUCUAUCACUUGUAAGUGCAAAACUAGAUGAAACUUUCCUUGAAAGUCUCUUGUCUAAUUGCCCACGGCUUCAAGAGCUUUUCUUAAUUUGCUGUGAACUCAAAUCAUUGCCUGUGAUAGUAAGUUCAUCCUUAUGUCAUCUCAAGGUUUUAUGCUGCGAUUUGGUAUUCAAUGAUCUCAAGGUGGAUGCAAACUUGUUUUUAGUAGAUUGCCUAAGACUUGCUUCAUUAGAGUGUGAAUUGGAUACCUUAAGCAUUAAGACUCCUAUGUUAAAGAGCGGUAAAUUCUCCAUUUCACGAAAACAAGAUCUUAAAGCAUUUGUUGCUCUCUGUGCAACGUUUCCACAACUUGAGAUUUUGCAUGUGGAAAUAUUUCCAAUGGUCAAAACUUCCAUACAAAUUACUCAACCAUUCAAAUGUCUUAAACAGCUAAACCUCGUCCUUUUCGCGGAUUCGUUUAUAUAUGACAUGGGCUAUGGUCUUUUGUGGAUUUUAAACAUGCUUCAAGCUUCUCCUCUUUUGCAGAAACUUUCAAUCAUGUUUUUAGCUCCAGAGUUCUUUGAAAAUCAAAAAGAUAUUAGGGAUGUUGAGAUAUUAUCUCAUGAUGAUAUAAGGGUUAUUGAAUUGAGAGGUUGUGUUGGCAAUUGGUAUGAAAUUGAGUUUGUUAAGAAUGUUCUAAAAUGUGCCCACAAGCUUGAGCAAAUAGUGUUGAGUCCCUAUUGGACAGAAGUUGACGGCUUUAGCUGGAACUCUCAUCCUCUGUGGUUUAAAGGAGGGCGUGAAAGGAUGGGUGAAAAGCUCAAAGACGAAGUUGUAGUAGGACGAGAAAAACUUGUCUUUAUAUAAGAUAAGAUUUGAUGACCAUGUGAAAGCUAGAGCCACAAUUGGAGCAACAACUUGUUUACUUUUUAAACUUAUUUUUAAUUUGGUAAUGUAAUAAUCAUACUAUUAAUUUCGAAUUAAGUGGUUUGUGUGUGCGCUGAAUUAAGUUUGGAUAUACAUGUUGUACUUUGGAUAUAAAAAAGUCAAUUCAAAUUA